AUGGUUCUGUGGCUACGAAAAUUUGAGCUUUGUGCGAAGGCGAACGAUUGGAAAGAUACGGAUAUGUUAAAAAGGCUGCCAACUCUGUUGUCUGGCAAAGCUUUUGCGAUUUUCGAGCGUCUUGCGGCGGAGACAAAAGAAGAUUUUAAACUACUAACGAAAGCGCUAACGGAGGCUUUUGGUGGUGAUGAGAACGGCAAACAUCUCGCGAUGAUGGCAUUUCGCAGCCGAAUGAAAAAGCCAGACGAAGACAUCCAAGUAUUCGCCUACAAUUUAGAAGCGCUAUUAAGACGCGCGAUGCCAAACAUCGAGAAGGGCGACAGAGAAACACUUUUCAAGCAACAAUUUGUCGAAGGA